AUGGCUGCUAACAGGCCUAAGGUCACCCGCAAUGUCACUGUGUGUACCAUGAUGCCUCUACGGCGGUGCAUCGAGAACCAUAUGGGGGAUAUCUCCCAGUGUGUGAAGGAAGUUAGAGACUUCGAGCGGACAUGCAACAAACGGAAGCACUAUGUACAUGACCGUGAUGGUCUUGAUGACUGCAGGAGUGGUCUUUACGGCUCUAAGCAGACAGUUUGA